UGUUUCAGAAAACGGGAAAAGAAUAUUCCAAUAUAUUCGACAUUCCUUAUUAUAAAGUUCUCAAGAAAUAUUUACAAUUUUUGGGACAAGAUCCAUAUCAAGAAUGUAAAUACAGAAAUAUUAUUACUAUUAUUAUGUUGAUUAGCAUGAUAGCUAUAUUUAUACCAACGACAUUUGAAAUAUAUGUAUCGAUACAUGACAAGAAUACGGAUGCAGUAAUGGAAUGUUUGCCGAAUUUAUGCGCAAGUUUGAGCAGUGUUGUUAAAAUAUUGAAUGUGCAUUUCAAUAGAGAAAAUUUUAAUAAACUAUUAGAAUUUGUGGUGAAAGAAUGGGAUGAGUUGAAAUUAAAUGAAUUGCAUAUUCUAGAAGAAAUCACUAUUCAGGGUAGCAAAAUAGCGCACUUAUAUCGCAAUACUUUAUUGUCUUUUUUGAUAUUGUUUUUACUUGUUCCUAUGUACUUUCCUAUUCUGGAUAUGAUUGAUGCAUUAAAUCAAACUCGAUCACGACAACAAUUACUUAGAGUCAAUUACAUGGUUUUUAACGCUGAUGAUUACUUUUUCUACGUGUAUUUGCAAUUGGCUUGGGGUGCAAUUGUUAUCGUGAUGAUCGUAAUUACCGUAGAUUCUUUGUAUAUAAUUAUAAUUCAUCAUGUGUGUGGAUUGUUCGCGGUGUGUAGUUACGAAAUUCAAAAAACAGUAAAAGAUUUGACAGUGUUUACUGAUAUUGAAAAGUGCUCAUAUAAAGAAUUGAAAAAUUGCGUGAUAAAGCACAAGAAAGCAAUCAAGUUUUAUAAUAUUCUAAAUAAUAGUAGCCAACUGAGUUAUUUGCUUCAGAUUGGAAUAAAUAUAAUGGGUAUAAGCACUACAGCUUUUCAAUUAGCCGUGAAUUUGGAUACCAGACCACAAGAGGCGAUCAGAAACGCUGUAUUUUGUGGAGCCAAUCAAUUUCAUUUAUUUGUGCUUAGCUUACCUGGACAGAUUCUUCUCGAUCAUUGUGCCGAACUUUCCAAUACAAUAUAUUGUUCUAUGUGGUAUAAAUUACCAGUAAAAAUUCAAAAAAUGUUCAACAUAAUGUUAAUGAGGAGUAAAAAAUCAUGCGCGUUAACAGUAUACGGAUUGUACGAGUUGAAUAUGGAAAACUUUGGAACAACUUUCAAAGCUUGUAUAUCGUACUUUACUAUGAUGCUGUCGUUAAAAUAAUACAAUGUUAAAUAACUCAUAUCAAGAGUUUCAUCACAUAAUGUUUUACUUGAUGUUAAGUAAUUUACAUCAAACGUGCAAAUAAAAUUAUAUG